AUGCAUUUCCAUCCGGGAUACACCCGCGCGAAUGGGGCGCCGAGAGUGUUCCUCUUUGGAUCCUUGCCCUUGUCGUUCGAUCAUUCAGAGUUUCGUCGAAUCCAAAAUGCUAUCAGCGGUGACGAUAGACUUUCGUGGAUUCUAGAUGUCAUUUCAGACCUGCCAGACGCAUGGCAAGCCGUUGCUACAGCUCUUGGCGUUCCUGGAGACCGACUUGUCAAUGGUUACAGGCAACUUGUUGACGUCAAGGACGCUUUCAACGCGGGAGUCGGGCUGAUGACGCCCUACCCGCUGCCAAACAAGCUCCUUGUCCCGUUGGCAACCGUCGACCAACUUAUUCAGUAUAUGAACUUCAACAAGAAUGUCUACGCUGGUCAAGACAACACAGUAGAUUGGAUAUCACGAGCGGCCAGUAACGGUGAGACGCUGGGAUUUUGCACAGGGCUACUGAGCGCGGCGGUGGCGUCUAGUUCCAAGUCUUCCGCGGAUUUCGAGAGGUAUGCGGCAUCAGCAGUCCGCCUCGCCGUUGCAAUUGGUGCGAUUGCCGACAUGGAUGCCACGGGAUCGGCUCGGAUGGCACAGCAGACGAGGUGUCUCGGAACGGAGUGGACUUCCGAGUCCAAGUUGAGCGAUCUUCGCAGGUUCAUAGACAGCCGAGACGACACAUACAUCUCAGUCAAAUACGACUACAACCGCGCCACGGUGACCACGUCGGCGGCGGCGAUGGCCCAGGUCCAGCAAUAUAUGAGAUCAGCAGGGCUACCAGCUUCCGAAAUAGGCUUGCGCGGCAGAUAUCAUUCCCAAGAGCACGCAGAAGCAUUCAAGGCCCUUGCUGAACUUUGCAACGAGCGCCCCGAGUUUCAAUUCUGCGACUGUUCGGACCUUGGGAUGAAAUCACGAUCCGAUUCCGGAGGCCAGUAUUUUACAUCUGGUCCGCUUCAUCAUCACGUUCUGAGGUCGAUCCUUUUGGAACCGCCAAACUGGCACAGGACGUUGAAGAGGUUGGAAGUAGAGGUGCUCUCACGAGAUGCAACGGUCUACAUGGUAGCUUUUGGACCGGAACGACCAUUACCGCCCUCUCUGUCGCCGUCAUUAGGCUCGCGCUGCAUUCAUGUUUCGGGCUCGAAAGACACGCACAGCACAAAUAUGCGCCAAGGCAGGCCCGAAGGCGUAUAUCCGGAUACGGACAUUGCCGUCGUGGGAAUGUCGUGCAAGGUAGCUGGGGCCGAUGAUUUGGAGGAGUUCUGGGAAGUGCUCUCCUCUGGUGAAUCGCAGCACGAGGAAGUUCCGCCAGACAGGUUCACAUUUGAGACUGCUUUCAGAGACGCUGAUCCAAAGAGGAAAUGGUUUGGGAACUUCAUACGCGGGCACGACGCGUUCGACAACAAGUUCUUCAAAAUCAGUCCCCGCGAAGCCGCGACGACAGAUCCGCAGCAACGACAACUCCUUCAAGUGGCGUACCAGGCUGUUGAACAGUCCGGAUACUUCAGAGGCAACGGCAGCGAGAGCUCCCGGGAGGUCGGUUGCUACAUCGGUCUCUGCGGAACUGACUACGAGAACAACAUUGCCUGCCAUGCGCCAAACGCCUUCUGUGCAACCGGCAACUUGGAAGGCUUCGCCGCGGGCAAGGUCAGCCACUACUUCGGCUGGACGGGACCAGCACUCGUCGUCGAUACGGCAUGCUCUUCGUCCGCCGUCGCUAUUCAUCAAGCAUGCCAGGCGAUUCUGAGCGGCGAGUGUCGUGCGGCCCUGGCUGGGGGCACGCAUGUCAUGACGAGUCCGCAUCGCUUCCAGAACUUGGCCGGCGCUUCUUUCCUGAGCACGACUGGGCAAUGCAAGCCCUUUGACUCCAAGGCCGAUGGGUACUGCAGGGGCGACGGCGUCGCGGCAAUCUUUCUCAAGAAACUUUCGGCCGCUGUUGCUGACGGAGAUGAGGUCCUCGGAGUCAUUGCAGCCACGCGCGUGCGGCAGAAUCGAAACUGCACACCCAUCUUCGUGCCAAACUCACCCUCCCUUUCCGGGCUAUUCAGAGACGUGUCUGCCAGGGCAAAGCUGGAGCCAGAGGCAAUCACUGUAGUGGAAGCUCACGGUACUGGAACCGCUGUUGGAGAUCCAGCGGAAUAUGAGGGCGUUCGGCAAGCUCUCGGAGGCGCCAACAGGAGCAAUUCUCUGGCUCUAGGAUCUGUAAAGGGAUGCGUUGGGCACACAGAGCCCACCUCCGGAGUAUUGUCGCUGAUAAAGGUGCUUCUGAUGAUGAACAAAGGGCUCAUACCGCCUCAGGCAAGCUUCAAGACCAUCAACCCCAACGUCAACGCCCAAGCUUGUGACAAAAUCGUCAUUCCCACGUCCCUCAAGCCCUGGGACGCCAGCUUCAAGGCUGCCCUCAUCAACAACUACGGCGCAUCAGGUUCCAACGCCUCCGUGGUGCUGACCCAAGGUCCUGCGAAGCUUCCCAGGGCUGCACGGCAUGAGUCGAGCGGCAGCAGAUAUCCAUUCUGGCUUUGUGGAUUGGAUGGCUCUAGCAUCAGUCGGUAUGCAGCAGCGCUGGUGAAAUACAUCAACCAUCGAAAAGGCUCAACGGCCGACUUCACUUUGGGCGACAUGUCCUUCAACUUGGCUCGCAAGACAAAUCGGUCCCUUCCGCGAAGUUUAAUAUUCAGCGUCGAGUCACUUGGUGAAUUAUCGCAGGCGUUGAGCUCGGUUGCCGGAAACAAAGACGGCUCCUCAUCAAGCGCGACAAGGUCAAAACGGCCGGUGGUGUUCUGCUUUGGCGGCCAGGUAUCGACCUUUGUUGGGCUGGACAGGGAAUUAUAUGGCAGAGUGAAGCUUCUUCGCCAGCACCUUGGUGCCGUGGAUGCCGCUGCAGAGAGACUGGGCGCAGGGAGCAUACUGCCCGACAUCUUCCAACGCGAACCGAUCAAGGAUACGGUGAAACUGCAGACGGUACUCUUCGCGAUGCAGUAUGCAAGCGCCAGGUGCUGGAUCGAUUCUGGGCUGGAACCCGUCGCGCUUGUUGGACACAGCUUCGGCGAGCUCACAGCGCUGUGCGUGUCCGGCAUUUUGACGCUGGAAGACUGCCUCAAGGCUGUGAUGAGGAGAGCCACUCUGGUGCGAGACUGUUGGGGUCCCGAGAAGGGCGCCAUGAUGGCAGUGGAAGCUGAUUUGGAAACGGUCCAGGACGUGCUUCGAAGGGCGGCCGCGUCUCCCGCAUCGACCGGCUCAGAUCCGGCAUCCAUCGCCUGCUACAACGGAUCCAGAAGCUUCACCCUGGCUGGAUCGGUCGAGGCCGUCGACGCCGUGGCAGAAGUCGUCGAGGCCGAGCCCCCAAAGACCAUCCGGUGCAAGAGGCUCAACGUGACAAACUCGUUCCACUGUAGCCUUGUUGACAACAUCGACGCUCAGCUGCGAGAGUGUGGACUCGGUCUUUGUUUUCGAAAGCCCGCAAUUCGCGUGGAACAUGCCUCCGAGCAGCCGUUGGAGCAAGUGACGGUGAACUUCUUCGCCGAGCAUCUGCGGUCCCCCGUCUUCUUCGAUCGCGCGCUGAGGAGGAUCACGAAGAGACACCCAUCCUGCGUUUUCCUGGAAGCCGGGUCAAACUCUACAGUCACGCACAUGGCAGGGCGGGCUCUGGGCAGCAAUGAAGGUUUGCACUUCCAGGGCCUGAGCAUCACUGGUGAGCCGGGCACAGCAUGGAAUAACCUGGUUGACUGCACACUGAGCCUCUGGAAGGAGGGCGUCGAUGCGGCCUUCUGGUCCCAUCACGGCUGUCACCUUCUGUCCCACGAGUCGCUUCUUCUACCGCCGUACCAGUUUGAGCAAGCCAAGCACUGGAUGGAGCUGAAGACGCCCCAGAAAGCUGCCCCGGAGGCUUCCCAGAGCCACGGGCCGGACGAGGACGAGGACGAGGACUGCCUCUUCCGGUUUGCUGGCUACACAGACGACAAAAAGCAAGCGGUAAGAUUCCGCAUCAACACCUCGUCGAGCAAGUACAAGAGGUUGGUUUCGGGACACAUCUUUGCAGAAACAGCAGCGAUCUGCCCCGCCACCGUGCAGCUCGACGUUGUGAUUGAGGCUAUCCGCAGCCUGGACGAGCCCCUGGCAUCCGAGGAGCGGCAACCGCAGCUGCUCAACAUCCAAUGUCAGUUGCCCGUGUGCGUGGAUGCCAGCCGUGGUCUGUGGGUGGAUUUCAAGAAGGGCUCCGACGACCUGUGGACGUUCAGCAUCGUGAGCACGGAGGCGUCGUCAAGGGCUGCUGAAAAAGGCUCGUCGGUACACACCACCGGCACGCUGAGAUUCGUCCCGGCCGACGACUCAGCGGCCGAGUUGGAGUUUUCCCGACUCGAGCGUCUCGUCGGAAGCCAACGUUGUCUUGAGUUGUUAAACAGCGGAGACGUGGAUGAGGUGCUUCUCAACAAGAGCAUCUACAAGAUAUUCGCCGACACUGUCAGCUACACCGAGGAUUAUCGCGGCGUCCGGAAACUCGUGAGCCGCGGCAAUCAGUGUGCCGCGCUGGUCGUCCGUCAACAUGAUGCCACGACGUGGUUGGAUGCUCGUCUAGCCGACUGUCUUUGCCAGGUCGCGGGUAUCUGGGCAAACUGCAUGACAGACUGCAGCUCGGCCGACAUGUACGUUUGCAACGGCAUGCAACACUGGCUUCGCAGCCCAAGCCGAUCUGGUGGCAAGGACGACUGCUGUAGACGUCCUGCGUCUCUCCAUGUGCUCGCCGUACACCACUUCCCGUCGGAAAAGGCGAUCCUGUCUGACAUUUUUGCCUUUGAUGCCAACACGAACCAUCUGGUCGAGGUCAUUACUGGGAUAAGCUACGUCAAGGUCUCGAGAGCGUCUAUGAGUAAAGUCCUCGCGAGAUUGACGCCUGGUCUGGCCGCGGCAGAGCAACUCUCCACGGCCUCGAAUCCUGGUGCAGCGACGAGCCUCGACACCGCUGACGAAACACAAAUACACGCCGUGGCACGGCCGAGCAGGGCUCAAGCAUGCGUUGACUCUUCUGUCAAGGCCCCUGAUACUUCUGGAGCAUCGACCAUCUCUUCACGGCUCAGGAAAAUCAUAUCUGAGCUCUCGGGCGUCGACGAAGGCGAGAUCCACGCAGACAGUGCGCUGGCAGAUGUUGGCAUCGACUCGUUGCUGGGCAUGGAGCUGGCUCAUGAGGUGGAUUCUGCUUUCAAGAUCAACAUUCCCGAGGCUACGCUGACGGAAAUUGCCGACUUUCCGGGCUUGCUCAACGCCGUUGCCGAGCUUCUGGGACGGCCAUCGGAGCUGGAUGCCGGGGGUGAUGAUGGCGGCCCCGAGCAAAUCGCAUCCAGCAGUACGAGUGAAUACGGAGACCGGAGCAACUCUGAAUGUUCUGGGUUCCAAACCGGCGUCAGCACGCCCGCCAUGUCGGAGCCCGAGACGCCGGCCGAGCUCAGCCUCCCCCAUGAGCCCGUCUUGCAGAUAUUCAAGGCAGUCAAGGAGACGACCGAUGACCGCAUCGUGGGGCACGGGCAGCAGAACUACGCAACCGUCGCCGAACCUCUCCAGACGGAGCUUUGCAUAUCGCUGACCCUCGAUGCCCUGGACGAGCUGGGAUGCAGUGUCCGGGACUCACCUGCCGGUUCCUCCGUCGACCGUGUGCCGCACCCAGCCCAGCAUUCACGGUUAGUAGAUGCCUUGUACGCCAUGUUGGACAAGGAAGGCAAGCUCGUCACGGUGGGCCAAGACGGAAUCACUCGAACGGGCACGCCGUGUCCCGUGGAAUCCAGCCAAGAGAUUCUGCAACGCCUCCUGUCCCGGUUCCCCGAUCAACGCGUCGCCGAUGAGCUCACGUACUACGCUGGUUCCCGCCUGGCCGACGUGUUGCGAGGAGAGACCAACGGCGUCAAGCUCAUCUUUGGCUGCUCCCAAGGCCGCGACUUGGUCUCCCGCUUCUACGCCGAGUGGCCACUGCACAAGUUGCUCUACGGACAACUGCAAGACUUUGUGCGAGGCCUCGCAGAACACGUCAAGGCCGCAAACGGGGGCCCUCUCAAGAUUCUGGAGAUGGGCGCAGGAACAGGCGGCACGACGAGGCUGCUUCUGCCGGUCCUCGCCGAGGUCAACCAGCCGGUCGAGUAUACCUUUACAGACUUGGCUCCUUCAUUCGUGGCUGCCGCACGCAAAACGUUCAAGGACUAUCCGUUUGUGAGAUUCCGCCAACACGACAUAAGCAACCCGCCCCCGGAGGACUUGGCGGGCACGCAGCAUCUGAUUAUUGCGAGCAACGCAGUCCACGCCACGCCGAACCUGAAGACGUCGACGGGCAACAUGCGCCGAGCGCUUCGAGAGGACGGCAUGCUCCUCUUGGUCGAGAUGACGGGUCGCGUAUGGUGGAUGGACCUUGUCUUUGGGCUUUUCGAAGGCUGGUGGCUGUUUGACGACGGCCGAGAGUACGUCGUGCAAGACGAGAGACGGUGGGAACGAGAUCUGCAGUCAGUUGGGUACGGCAUCGUCGACUGGACGGACGGCGUCCGGCCCGAGAACAAGCUCGAGAGGCUCAUCAUCGCUUCGGCGUCGAGGUUCAAUAACAGGUGCGCAUCGUUACCAACUCCUCCGCCGUGUGUCAAGAGCCCUUCAGCUGACUGCGCAGCGCGAGCCGCGGCUGUGAGAGGAUACGUCCAAGACCUCGGCAAAGGCUUCGUCGAGUCCCUUGAUAUGGGUGCCCCUCGCGGCGGCCAGGGACGUGAUGGGAGCCGGACCAAUGCGAGACAGGGGCACGGAAAGAAGAAGUGCGUCUUGAUCAGUGGUGGCACGGGAAGCCUAGGUGCGCAUGUCGUCGCCAACGCGGCCUUGCGUUCGGACGUCAGCCAAGUCGUGUGUCUCAACAAGAAGCGCCAGCUUGACGGCACGUUGCGCCAGAAGCAAAGCAUGCUCGACAAGGGUCUGAACCUGCCUCGGGAAGCUCUGGACAAACUGAGGGUGUUGGAGACGGACUUGUCCAGGCCGUUGUUGGGUCUCUCCGAGGCCGAUUACCACAGCCUGACCGUGUCAGUCACGCACAUCGUCCACAAUGCCUGGCUGAUGAACACCAAGUGGCCGCUCAAACGGUUUGAACCACAGCUCCGCAUCAUGAGGAACAUGACUCACCUGGCCCGAGACAUUUCACUCAGCGCCUCCCGGACAGAACGGGUCUCGUUCCAGCUCGUCUCGUCCGUGGCAGCAGUCGGACACUGGCCCGUGUGCGCAGGAAAGGCGACGGUGCCGGAGGACCGCGUGGCCGUCGACGCCGUUCUGCCCAUUGGAUACGGCGAUGCAAAACACGUGUGCGAGAAGCUGCUCGACCAAACUCUACACUUGUGCCCGGACCGUUUCCGCGUCACCGUGGUUCGGCCCGGGCAAAUAGCUGGCUCUACUGGCUCGGGAUACUGGAACACCAGGGAGCAUGUGCCUUUUCUCAUCAAGUCUUCGCAGACGCUUGGCAUUCUCCCCGACCUCCCCGGACAUCUGGCGUGGGCUCCGGUCGAUGCCGUCGCCGGAGCCGCAGUAGAUAUCUUGACUCUGCCGGACACCGUGCAAGCUCACCCUGUCUAUCACAUCGACAACCCCAGCAGGCAAUCGUGGUCCGAGAUGAUCAGCAUGCUGAGAAAGGCUCUCGGCAUCCCGCGUCACAACGUCGUGCCCUUUGCAGAUUGGAUAAAGGCGGUGCGGAUCAACGCGCAGAGGAACAACGGGCCCGACGGGGAAAACCCGGCCUCGAUGCUGGCCGACUUUUUCGAGCACGAUUUUGUCCACAUGUCGUGCGGUGUCAUGGUUCUAGGAACCGACAAGGCAUGCGAGCAUUCUGCUACUCUUAGGAAUCUGGGUCCCGUCACUGAGGCGUUGCUGGGAUCCUACAUCCGUGCUUGGCAGAAAGUUGGCUUCUUGAGACGAUAG